AUGGAGAGAAAUCAGGAAAGAGAUGGCGGUGAGGGGGUGGCAGGAUGGGAGCCAGGUGGUGGGGGGCUAAGGCUGAGGAGGGAGAUUGGCCUGUGGAGUGCUGUGUCCCUGAUUGCUGGCUGUGUGAUUGGCUCUGGCAUCUUCAUGUCACCACAGGGGGUCUUGGUCUACAUAGGCAGCCCUGGGGCCAGUCUCGUGGUCUGGGCAGUCUGUGGUGUCCUGGCCAUGAUGGGUGCCCUGUGCUAUGCUGAGCUGGGUGCUCUGGUUCCCAAAUCCGGGGGGGAAUAUGCCUAUAUCCUGCACAUCUUUGGCUCCUUGCCAGCCUUCCUGGUCAUCUACACGUUUGUGCUGUUGGUCAGACCAGCUGCCAUUGCUGCUGUCUCUCUGAGCUUUAUUGAGUAUGCAGUCGCUCCCUUUUACCCUGGCUGCUCCUCGAUGCCUCAGGCUGUGCUCAAGGGUGUGGCUACCAUCCUGUUGCUGAUGCUGGUCAACUGCUGGAGCUCGAGGCUGACCACCAUGCUGAUGAAUGUAGGCACGGUCGCCAAAGUGUUCUCGUUGUUGGUCAUCAUGGGGGGUGGGGCUGUGGUGCUGGGCCAGGGCCAUGGCUACACGGAAGCCUUUCUCUUUGCCUUCCACAAUACCACGCAGCAGGCCGGGCGCAUUGGCAUGGCCUUCUACCAGGGCCUGUGGUCCUUUGAUGGCUGGAAUAAUGUCAACUACGUGGUGGAGGAGCUCAAGAAACCAAAGCAAAACCUGGUGUGGGCGCUGAUGAUCGCCAUCCCUCUGGUCACCAGCCUCUACCUCCGGGUCAACAUCAGUUACCUGCUAGUGUUGUCACCCAAUGAGAUCCUUUCCUCUGAUGCUAUGGCUGUGAGCUGGGGGAACCAGGUGCUGGGAGCCUGGGCCUGGCUGGUACCCUUGGCUGUCACACUCUCGACAUUUGGCUCUGUCAAUGGGACGUUCUUCGGCGGAAGCCGUGUGUGCUAUGUGGCUGCAAGAGAGGGCCACAUGCCCCAACUUCUGUCCAUGGUUGAUGUGCAUCGCCUCACACCAGCUGCGGCCCUGAUAUUUACCACCGCAGGGGCGCUGGUCCUGGUCCUCCCAGGAAACUGCAGCACCAUCGUGAACUUCUUGAACUUUCUUGGCUGGAUCACCUAUGGAACCACCAUUGGCUGUCUCCUGUACUUGCGGAUAAAGAAGAAGAAUCUUCCUCGACCUUACAAGGUCCCCACCCACAUCCCUGUCAUCAUGCUCCUUGCUUCUCUGUACCUGGUGCUGGCACCCGUCAUCGACCACCCCCAGGUUGAGUUCCUGUACAUCUUCCUGUUCCUGUUCAGUGGCAUCCCGGUCUAUUUCCUGCUUGUCUACUUCCAGUGCCAGCCCGAGUGGUUGCAGAUGGCCAUCCUGUAUCUCCAGCUGCUCCUGGAAGUUGCUCCAACCAUGAGAAAUGUUGACUAA